AUGUCGCGCCUCCAGCCCCGCUCUUUCUCCAGCUCCGCCUCCUCACGCGCCAACGAGCUGCUAGACGAAUUCAAAUAUCAUCUGGGCUCCGGGACGCUCUGGCCGGAGCUCGCGCACCAACUGUUGGACGAAUUGCAGCGCCAACCCGUCCCGGUUUCAGCGCGCGCACUAAAUGGCUUGUUUGCUGCCCUCGCGGAUGCGCCGCCCUCGGCCAACUGCACAGAUGGCCCUGCCCUCGCCAUCAAUCUCUUCAACCGCCACCGGAUAUCACCUGACAUUUACACCUACAACAUACUAAUUGAGUGCUGCCACCGAGCAUGCCGCCCAGACCUUGGACCUGCCUUCUUCGGCCGCCUCCUCAAGACAGGCGUCACAAUGAGUAAAAAAAUUACCUACAGCAGCUUAUUCAAGUGCCUCUGUGACAUGAAGCGCACGGAGGAGGCUCAGGACAUACUGCUCCACAGGAUGCCCGACGACCUGCCUGAUGUCAUCUCCUACUCAGUAAUUCUCAAGAGCUUCUGUGACAAUGGAAUGAGCCAGCGUGCGCUUGACCUGCUCCGGAUGAUGGCCAAAAAAGGUGCUGACCACUCUCUCAACGUGGUGUCAUACAACAUGGUAAUGGAUGGCUUUUUUAAGGAGGGUGAAGUAAGCAAAGCAUGUGAUCUAUUCCAUGAAAUGAUACAGCAGGGGGUUGUGCCUACUGAGGUGACAUAUAGCCACUGCUCCAUUAUCAAUGCGCUAUGCAAAGCAAGAGCAAUGGAUAAGGCAGAGCUGAUCCUUCGACAUAUGGUUCAUAGUGGUGUCCAACCACAUGAUAGGAUAUAUAAUACCCUGAUCCAUGGGUUUUUAACUUUGGGUCAGCAGAAAGAAGCCUUUAGGUUGUUGGAACUGAUGACAAGCCAAGGUGUUAUGCCAAAUGUUGUGACUUGCAACUCAGUCAUGGACUACCUUUGCAAGCAUGGAAGAGUCAAAGAAGCUGCAGAAAUAUUUUAUUCCAUGGUUGUGAAGGGCCAAAAACCUAAUGUCAUCUCAUACUCUGUUAUGCUCCACGGGUAUGCUAAAGAAGGAUCCCUUGUUGCUAUGAUUGAUCUCUGUGAGCUGAUGGCAAGAGAUGGAGUUGUUCCCGACCGCUCUUUUUUCAACAUACUGAUUAAGGCAUAUGCUAAAUAUGGAAUGAUCGAUGUGGCUAUGCUUUUCUUUGAUGAAAUGUUGAAGCAGGGGGUGAACCCUAAUGAUAUCACAUAUUUAACUCUGAUAUCUGCAUUUUGCAAGAUGGGCAGAAUGGAUGAUGCUAUGAUCAAAUUCAAUGAGAUGAUUGAUAUGGGAAUACCACAUGAUACAACUGUUUACAUGUGCAUGAUUGAGGGCUAUUUGAAUCAUGGUGAUUCCGUCAAAGCCAAGGAAUUCAUUACUAAAAUGAAGAGCAGGGAUGUUUGUCAUAGCCCACGGAAGGGUAAUUGA